AUGGAAAAUCAGUAUCGAUUUAAAGUUGUGUUUUAUGGAAACCAUCGUGUUGGAAAAACUUCUAUAGUUAAUAAACAUCUUACAGGAGAAUUCCAUGCUCAUGUAAAAGAACCAACUGCAUUAUUUGUUUGA